AUGGCGCCAAAAGAAGAUUGGGAUAAAUAUAAAGCUCCUAUUGAAGAUGAUAAAACUACCGUAGAUGAGAAAAUUACACCUUUAUCAGAAGGUGAUAUUCAAGUUUUAAAAACUUAUGGUGCUGCCCCUUGUGCAGGAAAAUUAAAGCAAACUGAAAAAGAUUUAAAAGAAAUUAGAAAAAGAAUUAAAGAAAAAGGUGGUGUUAAAGAAUCAGAUACUGGUUUAGCUCCAUCUCAUUUAUGGGAUAUCAUGGGUGAUAGACAAAGAUUAAGUUCAGAACAUCCUCUUCAAGUAGCAAGAUGUACAAAGAUCAUUAAAGCUAAUUCAGAUUUGGAAAAUUCAAAUUCAAUGGAUAAUAACUCUACAAAUAAUACUCCUCUAGAUGAUACAAACCAUAAUAAUAAUAUCGAUGAAGAUAACGAUGAAGAUGCCAAAUAUGUCAUUAAUCUGAAACAAAUUGCUAAAUUCGUAGUAGGGUUAGGUGAACGUGUUUCACCAACUGAUAUUGAAGAAGGUAUGAGAGUAGGUGUGGAUAGAUCUAAAUAUCAUAUUGAAUUACCUUUACCUCCAAGAAUUGACCCCUCAGUGACAAUGAUGACUGUGGAGGAAAAGCCAGAUGUCACAUAUACUGAUGUUGGUGGUUGUAAAGAUCAAAUUGAAAAAUUAAGAGAAGUUGUAGAAUUACCUCUAUUAUCCCCAGAAAGAUUCGCCACUUUAGGUAUUGAUCCACCAAAGGGUAUAUUACUAUAUGGUCCACCUGGUACUGGUAAAACAUUAUGUGCUAGAGCAGUAGCAAAUAGAACAGAUGCAACUUUUAUUAGAGUCAUUGGCUCAGAAUUAGUACAAAAAUAUGUAGGGGAAGGUGCCAGAAUGGUUAGAGAAUUGUUUGAAAUGGCAAGAACGAAAAAGGCAUGUAUUAUAUUCUUUGAUGAAGUAGAUGCUAUUGGUGGUGCUCGUUUUGAUGAUGGUGCAGGUGGUGAUAAUGAAGUUCAAAGAACUAUGUUAGAAUUGAUUACUCAAUUGGAUGGUUUUGAUCCUCGUGGGAAUAUCAAAGUUAUGUUUGCAACAAAUAGACCAAACACAUUAGAUCCAGCUCUUUUAAGACCAGGUAGAAUUGAUCGUAAAGUAGAAUUCUCUUUACCAGAUUUAGAAGGUCGUGCAAAUAUAUUCCGUAUUCAUUCUAAAUCAAUGAGUGUGGAACGUGGUAUAAGAUGGGAAUUGAUAUCAAGAUUAUGUCCAAACUCGACUGGUGCCGAAUUAAGAUCAGUUUGUACAGAAGCUGGUAUGUUUGCUAUUAGAGCAAGAAGAAAAGUAGCUUCAGAAAAAGAUUUCCUACAAGCAGUGGAAAAGGUUAUUAAUGGUUAUAAGAAAUUUAGUUCUACAUCACGUUAUAUGCAAUAUAAUUGA